CUUCUUGUAAUGCGUGGAAUAAAACGGUCAGAUAUACUGGUAGUUAGAUGUUAUAUGGAGGAUGAAAUGAAAAGAUAUGCAGUUGAAUUGCUUAAAUCCGCAAUGAAUGAAUUCGACGGUGAACGAGAAGUGGCAUGCUUUAUUAAGAAUAAAUUUGAUUCUCGUUAUCGUACCUACUGGCAUUGUAUUGUUGGCAAACAUUUUGAAUGUUCUAUAGAAUUCGAACCAACUCGGUUUAUUUACUUAAAAGCAAAAGACUUGUCAGUUGUCCUCUACAGAUACAGCUGAAAAUACAAGUUUUAUGAAAAACAAGUUGAGCGGAUAUCUGAAACAAUUGUCUUUCAUUUUCAUCUUUUGACACACUUCACUUUAAAUUAUUUGUUUUAAUUUAGUUUAACUGCCCUAAUUUAAGAAUUAGCGAACAAUAUUUUGGGAUGAAACAAGCCAAAGACUCAAAUUCCCUAAAUUCCAAAUAAAUAUACUCGUAUCAACAUACAGAAACUGGGAAAAAAGACAAGACGCAGCAUGCUACAUUUUGUUCCUGCAUAUAAUGCAAUCUACAACUUAUUAUACAAGAGGAAUAAUAAAUUUUUUCUUUGUUAA